AUGUUCGACGAAGACGCCACCGCACUUGUUAUCGACACUGGCUCGGGGACGUGUAAGGCAGGGUUUGCCGGCGAUAAUGCUCCUAGGGCCGUGUUUCCGACCAUCGUUGGCAGACCACGCGAUCCGAUUUUGUUGGCCUAUUUUGGUUUAAAGGACAGCUACGUCGGUGUUGAAGCCCAGUCUAAGAGGGACCUCCUGACCCUCAAGUACCCUAUUGAGGAAGGCGAAGUCACCAACUGGGAUGACAUGGAGAAGAUCUGGCAUCACACUUUCUACAACGAGCUGAGAGUUGCCCCUGAAGAACAUCCAGUUCUGCUGACCGAGGCUGUUCUCAGCCAUAGGCCUAACAGAAUAAAGACGAUAGAGAUCAUGUUUGAGACCUUUGGCAUACCUGCCAUGUACACAUCCAUUCAAGCAGUUCUGUCUUUAUACGCCUUAGGUCGCACUACAGGUGUUGUAAUAGACUCAGGAAUUGAUUUUACUUACCAUGUCCCAAUCUUCGAAGGGUAUGUCCUUACAGACGCCAUCCCUGGAUUCAGUUUGGGUGGCAGAGGCGUUACAGAUUACCUAAUGAGAAUCCUGAGAGAACGAGGCCACAGCUUUGCGACCUCUGCUGAAAGGGAAAUAGUUACAGACAUCAAAGAGAAGCUCUGUUACGUCGCAUUGGACUUCGAACAAGAGAUGCAGACGGCCUCAUCGUCUUCCAUAGAAAAGAGCUAUGAACUACCCGAUGGUCGAGUUAUCACCAUUGGCAACGAACGAUUUCGGUGCGCCGAAGCAAUGUUCCGGCCGCCAUUCCCGUAUUUUCGAUGGAAUUCAUAUGGAAUUCACGAGAACGCACGCAACUGUAUCGGGCGUUGCUAUGAGGACAUUCAAAGAGACCUGUACGCCAACAUCGUCUUGUCGGGCGGAAACAUCAUGUUCCCGGGUAUGGCUGACCGAAUGCAGAAGGAAUUAACAGCUCCAGCUCCAGGAGCUAUGCAAGUCGAGGUAAUAGCCCCUCCUGAACGUAAAUAUUCUGUGUGGAUCGGGGGUUCCAUCCAGGCCUCGCUGUCCACCUUCCACCACAUGUGGAUAACCAAACAAGAAUAUGACGAAUCUGGUCCCUCAAUUUUUCAUAGAAAGCGCAUGUGCUGGUGA